CUCCCGUAACGUUGUCCAAAGGGUCUCAUGUGAAGCUCCAACUCUCACGAUACUUUCAUCGACUUCUACACCGGGUUUCAUGUAUUUGCUGCCCCGGUGUCGACACAUUUGCGAACCAGACUCUAUUCGUUAAUCGUUUCCAGUGGCCCUCACUCGAAACACUUCAGACUUUGCUGUAUAAUUCUCUCCACAUUCCGUCAUAGGCCGGACCAUCGCUCCUCCUCCCUUGUUCACCAUUAUAUUCAGAUACGCCGACUCUUUCUUUUAAGAUCUUUCAGUCAAUAUGUUCAACAGGAACAAUCUACCUUCGGUUCCAAACCCGUUUGCCUCACGGCAGGAUGCUGCUCCUCGCACCACUCCCCGAGAUGGCUACUCGCGCAUGAGUCCCAGUCCAACACCGUCAUCAACGCGAUCAGGGGGUCACGACGUUAGAAUGGCCGGCGGCUAUGAGGAUUCUAAGAAUUUUGGUUCCUCGCCACAGCGAGUGCCGGUUGGGCGCCCGGCGCCCAAUGGCAGACCUGGUCAAGUUUGGCAAUUAAGACCGGCGAAAAGUCCAGACAACACGUAUACUUUUGGCAACCUGGUGGCCGUGUCUCCUUUCGACAUUCAGCCCUCGCGGGACGGUUCUGACAUCUACUUGUUGGUGAACGACACCUAUGUCUUCACCGCAAGACCUUUUGAUGGAUUUCCGCAAGGUCAUAUUGGUCUCUCUGAUCCUCAGCGCUCCUGGGCGCAAGUUGCGCUAACCGACCUCGUCAAUGUAUCGUUGUACGACCCAUUUACGCAAGGCAGUCAAACUUAUCUCUCGUCGCUUGAUGCAGAAGUUGGGUUCGCCGGAAGAAAGACUACGGAAGUGCCCUAUGAUCAGGAUGACCUCGCUCAGUACUUCAUCAGAAAUUAUGAAAAUCAAAUAUUCGCCCCCGGACAAAGAGUACUUAUGGACCAUAAGAGUAUUUACCUCAUCUUAACAAUCAAGACCGUUCAGCUGGGAGAUCUUUCAAUGGAAAAGCCAGGUGUCUCAGCUGCGCCUACCUCGAGCGACCCUCGCGCUCGAGGAAUUCUGACGCGUCACACGCCAAUAAACUUCUACAAGGAUGCUAAGACGCCGAUCCGGGUCAAGCCUUCCAACCGAAGGCCGGCCGCAAACUCGAUCAUUCAACCCGACUUCAAGUUUGAGGAUAUGGGAAUCGGUGGACUGGAUUCUGAAUUCAGCACAAUCUUCAGGCGAGCUUUCGCCUCUCGCAUUUUCCCUCCCGGUCUGGUCGACAAAUUGGGCAUUCAGCAUGUGAAGGGUAUCCUACUUUACGGUCCACCGGGAACCGGAAAAACUUUGAUUGCUCGCCAGAUUGGAAAGAUGCUAAAUGCCCGCGAACCCAAGGUCAUCAAUGGUCCCGAGGUCCUCAAUAAAUAUGUUGGCCAGUCCGAAGAAAACAUUCGUAAGCUCUUCGCAGACGCAGAGAAGGAAUACAAGGAAAAGGGUGACGAGAGUGGUCUUCAUAUCAUCAUCUUUGAUGAACUUGAUGCUGUUUGCAAGCAACGAGGCAGUGGAUCGGCUGGAGGCACAGGCGUCGGGGACAGCGUCGUUAACCAACUUUUAUCAAAGCUGGAUGGUGUCGACCAACUUAAUAACAUCCUAUUGAUUGGUAUGACCAAUCGAAUGGACAUGAUUGACGAGGCUCUCCUCCGUCCGGGACGAUUAGAAGUUCACAUGGAAAUCUCGCUUCCUGACGAGUUUGGGCGCGCCCAGAUUCUCAAGAUCCAUACAUCAAAGAUGCGAGCGAAUAAUGUCAUGGACACCGAUGUUGACCUCGCUGAAUUAGCUCGAUUGACAAAGAACUUUUCUGGUGCUGAAAUUGGCGGACUCGUCAAGUCCGCAUCAUCUUUUGCUUUCAACCGGCACGUCAAAGUUGGCACCGUGGCUGGGAUCAGUGACGAUAUUGUAAAUAUGAAAGUCAACCGCCAGGAUUUCCACAACGCGCUCGAGGAAGUCAAACCCGCCUUUGGUGUUUCAGAGGAGGAGCUGGAACAAUGCAUUCGAGGAGGCAUUCUCCACUACUCUCCAUUUAUCAGCACGGUGUUAGACGAAGGUCGCUUAUACGUUCAGCAGGUCAGGCAGCCUGACUCAACACCUCUUCUCUCUGUUCUGCUUCACGGUCCUCCCGGAAGCGGGAAGACGGCUUUGGCCGCCAAAAUUGCUGGCAGCUCCGACUUUCCAUUUGUCAAGCUUGUGAGCCCAGAAUCAAUGGUGGGCUUUAGUGAGAUGAUGAAAGUCCAGCACUUGAACAAGGUGUUUAUGGAUGCAUACAAAUCGCCAAUCAACAUCAUCGUGCUUGACAAUAUCGAGUUGCUCCUUGACUGGGUUCCUAUUGGCCCGCGUUUCAGCAACAAUGUUCUGGUAGCGCUCAAGGUAUUGCUAAGCAAACAUCCUCCAAAGGAUCGUCGUUUGCUCAUCCUCGGGACCACCACCGACCGGUCGUUGCUGCAACACCUGGACCUCUUCAAAUAUUUUGAUGCCGAAAUUGCGGUCCCUAAUGUCAAUACCUUUGAAGAGUUGGACCAUGUCCUUACUGAUUCUAACGCGUUCUCACCGGAAGAAAAGGCUCACGCAAUUUCUGUGAUUCGAGACAUGACACAAAGCGAGGGGGUUGGAAUUGGAAUCAAGAGACUCCUAACUGCAAUUGAGACGGCCAAGCAAGAUGAGGACAGGGCUGGGCGGCUUGCAAGAGUCAUUGCAAAGGCGAUCACCGAUCAUCGAAUUGAAUCGGUAUGAAGUUUGGUAUGAAAGUUUUAAUGGCGUUGUCUGUCGGGUUUCAUAUAAAUGGCAUCUAGACAAUGGUCGAUUGCAAAACAAAUGCAUGUAUUUUAUAUAUCAUACAACCGCAGCAUCUUACAAAUAAAUUGUAUGCACUCAAUAAGCGC